CAGCCGUGGAUGGUGGUGCUGCUCGUGGUGGUUAGGGAGCGGAGGGGGAGCUUUUACACAGGUGUUGCUGGGCUUUGCGCAUCGGCCGUGAGAUCGUUUGGCAGGAUGGGUGCUGCGAGAACACCUACGCACCCCCAUCAUAGUUUCCCAUGUACUGUGCACUCCUGCUUUCUCAAACACGGAAUUCAAUUAACGCUGUGAUCAGACUGAACGCCGCAAUGGUGCACCACUCGGGCUCCAUCCAGUCCUUCAAGCAGCAGAAAGGCAUGCACACCAGCAUCAGCGAGAUCCUGAAGGAGAAAAGCCUGAAGCCGUCUCGCCGCAGCCUGCCCUGCCUGGCCCAGAGCCAGACUCACCCCAUCAACCUCAACCACUUCCUGUCUGUGCCACUGAGCCCAGAGCCCAAAGCCGACGUUGAGGGUCUGAGUCAGAGCAUCAGCACCUCCUGCAGCCUCCUGCCCCCACAGACAGCAGAGGACGGCAAGGAUCACUGUGUGGUGGAGUCAGAGGCAACGACAUGUGAGACGAGGGCAGACGAGUCCUUUCUGCUACAAAAGCGAACCGUGUUUCGAGCCAGAUUUGAGGCUCGCACAGAUUCAAUUCAGCAAGGAAAGAAUCGGGCUGUAUCCUCUGGGCUGUUUUUCCGAGAUGGGAAAAAGCGCAUUGACUACAUCCUGGUUUAUAAGAAGUCCAGUCCACAGGUGGAGAAGAGGUGCACCUUUGAGAAAAAUUUACGGGCUGAAGGUCUCAUGCUGGAGAAGGAGCCCUCCUUGACAAACAACGACAUCAUGUUUGUGAAGAUCCACGCUCCCUGGGAUACACUUUGCAAAUAUGCAGAGCAAAUGAACAUCCGAAUGCCUUUCAGGAAAAAAUGCUACUUUACAGACUGGAAGAGCAAAACCCUGGGCAGCAGGUUUCAUAUGAGAUGUCGACAGAUCAAAAGCUGGCUUCCCAGAAAUCCCAUGAAGCUGGACAAAGAGGCCUUGCCUGACCUGGAGGAGACCGACUGCUACACAGCCCCCUUCAGCAGAGCACGCAUGCAUCACUUCACCAUCAACAACAGACAGACCUUCUUUUCCAAUUCGACCAGAAGCAGAAUAGUCCAUCACGUCCUGCAGCGCACCAAGUACGAGGAAGGAAAAUUAAAGAUGGGUAUCAACAGGCUGUUGGGCAACAACACGUAUGAGGCUGCAUUUCCUCCUCAUGAGGGUGGUUACAAGAGCAGACAUCCAAUUAAGACACACGGUGCCCAGAACCACAGACAUCUUCUGUACGAGCGCUGGGCUCGCUGGGGAAUGUGGUACAAAUACCAGCCUCUGGACCUCAUCAGGCGGUACUUUGGAGAGAAAAUUGGUCUUUACUUUGCGUGGUUGGGCUGGUACACCGGCAUGUUGAUCCCUGCUGCCCUGGUUGGCGUUUUUGUCUUCCUCUAUGGUCUUUUUACGAUGGACUCCAGCCAAGUCAGUAAAGAGAUCUGUGAAGCCAACACUACCAUCAUGUGUCCUAUGUGUGAGGACACCUGUGAUCCAUGGACACUGAGCGACAGUUGUGUCUAUGCAAAGGUGACCCGUCUGUUUGAUAACGGCGGCACUGUGUUCUUCGCUAUCUUCAUGGCUAUCUGGGCCACAGUAUUCCUGGAGUUCUGGAAAAGAAGGAGGGCAGAGCUGACUUAUGACUGGGACCUCAUCGAUUGGGAAGAAGAAGAGGUACAUGAGGAGCUAAGACCUCAAUUCGAAGCCAAGUACUCAAGGAUGGAGAGAGUCAACCCCAUCUCUGGCAAGCCCGAGCCUUUCCAGCCGUUCUCAGACAAACUGAGCCGGCUCAUGGUUUCUGUGUCCGGAAUAUUCUUCAUGAUUUCCCUCGUCCUGACAGCCGUGUUUGCCGUUGUGGUUUUCCGACUUAUUGCCAUGGAGAAGUUCGCGUCCUUCGGCUGGUAUUUUGUGAAGAAAAACUGGCAGUUUGCCACCUCUGGCACCGGCGUCUGCAUCAACUUUAUGAUCAUCAUGUCUCUCAACGUGGUGUAUGAAAAGGUGGCCUAUCUGCUGACAAACUUGGAGCACCCACGGACAGAGUCUGAGUGGGAGAACAGCUUCGCUCUGAAGAUGUUCCUCUUCCAGUUUGUGAAUCUGAACAGCUCCACAUUUUACAUCGCUUUCUUCCUGGGAAGGUUUGCUGGCAGGCCUGGAAAAUACAAUAAACUCUUUAAUCGAUGGAGGCUGGAGGAGUGCCACCCAAGCGGGUGUUUGAUUGAUCUGUGCCUGCAAAUGGGCGUCAUCAUGUUCUUCAAACAAAUCUGGAACAAUUUCAUGGAGCUCGGUUUUCCUCUGCUGCAGAACUGGUGGUCUCGCAGAAAGAUGAAGAAAGGAGGUGGUGGAGGGCAGAACGUGGAGAAUAAAGCCCAGCUUCCACAGUGGGACAAAGACUGGAAUCUGCAGCCGAUGAACGCACAUGGACUCGUGGACGAAUACCUUGAAAUGGUUCUCCAGUUUGGCUUCACCACCAUAUUCGUAGCAGCGUUCCCGCUGGCUCCUCUCCUCGCUCUGCUCAACAACAUCAUUGAGAUUCGCCUUGACGCAUACAAGUUUGUCACUCAGUGGAGGAGACCAAUGCCAGCCCGAGCCACUGACAUAGGUAUCUGGCACGGGAUUCUUGAAGGAAUCGGCGUGCUCGCAGUCAUCACCAACGCCUUUGUCAUUGCCAUAACCUCAGACUACAUCCCCCGAUUUGUUUACGCUUUCAAAUACGGCCCGUGUAAAGACAAGGGACACCACCACAAGGAUGAGUGUUUGCAAGGCUACAUGAACAGCAGCCUGUCGGUGUUUGACAUGAGCGAGCUGAAGAACAGCAGUCAGCCCAUUUACUGCAGGUACAGAGACUACAGAGCCCCGCCCUGGAGUACGGGGCCCUACGAAUUCACCCUGCAGUUCUGGCACGUCUUGGCUGCCAGGCUGGCCUUCAUCAUCGUCUUUGAGCACCUGGUGUUUGGGAUCAAGUCCUUCAUAGCGUACCUCAUCCCCGACAUGCCGAAGGGUCUGUGCGAUCGUAUGAGGAGGGAGAAGUACCUAAUGCAGGAGAUGAUGUACGAGGCGGAGCUGGAGCACCUACAGAAGGAGAGGAAGAAGAACGGACGGCGUUAUCACCACGAGUGGCCUUAGCUUAACCCCGCCCGUGUCUCCACUACAAGCCGCAAAGCCCUCAAGUCACAGGCACAACCUCCUCUGCCUGCUUGUUUAUGUCUAUUAGCUUUGAGAGUCGAGCUUCACUUGGCUGAUUCUGUACACCAAAGACGUGUUCUUCAGUUACCAGAUCCUCCCACAAACCUGUCCACUUCUAGGCUCUGACCUUCGCCACUCCCCCCCCCCCCCCGCCAUCUAUUACACGACCGGUUUUGCCGCUGCUCAUUGUUUCUGACCAUGCCCAAUGCCUGACCCAGCUUCAUCCGGCUGCAGGCCCCUUGUUUCUCGACUGUGUCAUGGCUUCCCUAGACAAAAACCUUUUUGCAAAUUAAUGUUUACUAUGCAGAUCAAGGGCUGCAGAUCACCACUGUUCGCUUCUUGGCACUCAUCCUGCACUCUCUCUGUGUGUGGCAGCUAGCACUCGGCUUUGACUCUGCAGUUCGGUGCAGCUCGCAGCAUGACCGUGCUGCCAUCGCUCUGCUGGUUUCUGUGACAGAGCUACUGUGGCGUUUCUUGUUGCAAAAGUGGUUCUGGUGAUGUGGCUACCAAAUACAAUGGACAUUUUUCGUACAAAGCGACUGUAUAUCGCCCUUGAAGCAUGCUGAUUAAUAUUUGCGGCCAUUUGUCAACUGCAAAGAAUGAUAAAAAAUAAAAGCAACAGCACUCAUUGUGGAGGAUGUUUAACAUCUAUUAGGUACAAAGAAUUCUGAAACCAUAAAAAGUGCAUGGUCUUUUUGUUUUGUACCUUUUGAUAGACUAUGUCCCUGUUUUGAAGCCUGGUUCACGUGUGUGUGUGUGUGUGUGUGUGUGUGUGUGUGUGUGUGUGUACGCAGUGUGAGCUGUGUGUUAAUCUUUGUGCUAAUGCUGAGCUUGACUGUCUCCAGUUGAGGAAAUGUGAACUUAGUGCGAUUUGAUUGUGCCUACAGUUGUGCUCACCACAAUUGUGUCACCAACAUCACGUGUGCCUGUUUGUGCUGCACAUGCUUUUAUUCAAGUGGAAGAAAUAUUCUCUCUCCUUGUUCUAUUGUCUAAAGACCUUUCUGAACUCUCCUGUAAGGAUUUGCUUUGAACGUCAGUCACUCCACAGCACCUCCUCUGGUCUCGGUGCACACCGUAAUGUGACUCCCAUCAUAAACACUGUAUGCACUCGCAAUGCAGAAGCCACAAAUCCACUCUUUCAUUCUGCACUCACAGCCUGUUUUUCAUUUGGUGUUGGAAGCCCUGAAGCGUGGUUGAAACUUGGAUCACUGGGACAUACCUGUGGCUUGGAUGUUCAGUUUGCAAAGAACAUCCAUCCACUGUUCCUCAGUUCAAAUCUACCACUAAAGCUUUUUUUUUGUUCUCAACCUCUGCUAAACAAAUGAUCAGAUGAGGUUUGAACUGCUCUCUGACAUUGAUGUGAAAAUGAGAAGGUGGGUUUUGGUUAAAUGCAGAGUCUUGACAUUGCCUUCUGUUGUGGUCAGGUCUGACGUCACAGAAUAGAAAACUCAGGAAAACAGGUAGCAUGAGCGACGAAUCCAUUCGGAAGUCGGGAACAUCAUUACAUAAUUAUACGUGUUGAGAUGGAGAGUUUGAGUGUGGAGAAAUUGUAUUAAUGAGGGAUUUUUUUUUUGAUUUUGAAGCUUAUGAGAACUGAAACUUUAGCCCGAGAGCUUUAGUUCUGGUCGCGUGGAAUACGACUUUGACUUAACAACAUUAUGCACAGUGAGCGUAAAAAGAAGAGAAUCACUUCCCAGGUUGCAUUUCACAACAACUAAAAAAGGAUUUUUACAAUAAGCAUACAUCAUUUAACUGUUUUUAUUUAAUGUAUUGCUCCUUGUAUAUACAUGUAUGUCAUGUUUUUAUACUUUUUAUUUUAUGCUAUCUGUAUGAGUUCAUCUGUUUUCACCCUCAGAUAGACAAAGUUAUGUCCACAUUUCUCAGGUGUCCUCUGAAUGUUCGCAGAUAAUCAACUUCCGAUCAUAUUUUCUAAGAUGCAGUCAAAGGAAUCCCGCUUUUUUUUUUAGAUAUAUAUUUUUGCAUUUGCAGUGCAUUUGCAUGACUUUAAUGCACACUCACAAUUAAAAGCAUGUUUUUUUUUUUCCUUUUCCUCCAUUAUCACAGCAAGCAUAGUAGAGCAGAAAUCAUGGAUCACACAGUCGAUUAAAGACGCACAAGUUGCAGGUGGCUGGCUAAGACUCUAUAAUCUUUCACUUCAUAGCGAGUAAUCCAACGAUCAUAAUCAUUUCAUCCUCAAGAGAGAGAUAUUUGUUCUCCUGAAUCUUGUUCCGAUGCAUAGGAAACUAGCCCAGGUUGUCUGCAUAUCUUCCCUGCUAUGUGAACUUUGAAAAUCUAUGCAUGUUGUUAUCCUUUAGUGCUACUUUUAUUUUGGAGAGAUGCAGAUGUAAAUGUAAGGUACAUUUGUACUGUAGAGUAUGCAUGACCUAACAGCUACCUUGUGUAAGGUUGUUAAUGGCGUCUUAAAACAUAUCACCGCCCUCUUUCAGUGAUGGUCAUUUAAGGAGGCCUGGACGAGACAUUAGGCGUUUUCGGACCGCAGGAACUUCUUCAUAGCUCUAGGAACUUUUGGAACCCUACUCCUUUUUUAUUCAUUCCGCACCGCAGGAACUUUGAAAUAUUUUAGUUCCUAGAGCCCCGUUAAGAGGAACCUUUUAGCUCCUGCUUCAGAGUAGGUACCAUGGCGGUGCGGAUGCAAACGGAAAAAAAAGUUCCCGUGGUGUAUAGUUCUCAGAGAACUCCCUAGUGGAUAGCUCCUCUUCAAAAAGUCCCCAGAACUGUUUGGUCUGAAAACACCUAGUAUGUCUCUUGAAGUGUCAGAAUGUUAUACUGGAAGAGUAUUAAUAUUGGUCCCCUGGUUGGUCCCUUAAUAUUAAACUAAGACCUUGGACUCCAGUCUGAUUUCAUUUAAUCUGGAUUGAAUAUAAACAUAUAAACUUCAGACUUCUUCAACUGGGAAUCAAAAUUACAUUUUCCCCUCUUCCAACUGAAGCUUUUAAAAUGACAAGAUAGGAUUCAUUUUAUGAAUGAAGAACUCAAAGAUAUCGGAUGUCUUACCUGCCCAGCUAUAAGCAUUUGAUUAAUUAAUCUCCCGACUUUCCUCUCCUCUCCGAGAGUAUUGGUUCCCCUUCAAACCAAAUUCUGCAUAGUGGUAGAAAAGCUGUUUCCCAUGCCUUCUACUACAAUAGCACAGUAUGGGUAUCUCAUAAUAAGUAAUAAAGGCAUGACCUUGCACAUCUCUGAAGACUUGGCAUAGGAGGAUUGAGCUUUCUGUUCCGUGCUAUGCCUCCUUACUGGAUUGUGCUGAUAGAGAAGCACAUAGACAGAGAUUUAACUGUACAAUAGGUUGGUAUCAGACGUGACAUGAAGUGUAUCAAUAACAUUGUUUACUUCGUUCCUGUUUACAUGUAAAAACAUAUUGAGAUGUAUAAAAAUAAUGUAACAUAAAAUAAUUUGGAUAUCAUUCUUUUCUGUAAUAAAUCAUGGAUUGUAUCUUUUAAA